CACUUUUUUUUCGUGUCGGGAUGAUUUGGCACGUCACUGCCAUGUUUGUAUGAUUUCGGCUGAUGUAUCCCGCACGGUGUGUAUAUCCUGCGGACCAAACGUUACGACCUUGGCGUCAUGUUCGGCUCAAAGGAGGAGUAACCCCCGUGGACACUACUGGGAAAAUACCGCUCGGGUGUAAUCAACCACCGCGGCUGGAGUCAUUUUAAUGUGGACUCAUAUUAACGUGUUUAUUGAUACAACCGCAGCAGUAGGAGCAGCAGCAGCAGCAGCAGCAGCGCGGGACUCUGUCUGGAGGAAAGGCAUGGACCAGAGGUUAUGUGUGGCACCCAGCUAAAGGCCUCCGUCGCCCUGACCCGUGCAUCCCACCAGUCCCUCUGUGAGCAUGUAUCGCAGGAACGGGCUCUCGGAUGGCACCAGCAUCAACUCAGUCACCUCAGAGGCCAGCAGCAGCUCAGAUUCUCUGGAUGGACCUUGCGUGGACUACGCCAAGAGCUACGAUGCCGUCGUAUUCGAUGUGCUGAAGGUGACGCCUGAGGAGUUUGCCAGUCAAAUCACCCUGAUGGACGCACCAGUAUUUAAAGCGAUACAGCCGGAGGAGCUGGCCAGCUGUGGAUGGAAUGGGAAAGAGAAACACAGUUUGGCUCCCAAUGUGGUUGCAUUCACACGCAGGUUCAACCAGGUAAGCUUCUGGCUGGUGAGAGAAAUCUUAACCGCCCAGACGCUGAAAAUCCGAGCUGAAAUACUGAGCCAUUUUGUCAAAAUAGCAAAGAAACUGUUGGAGUUGAACAACCUUCACUCUCUGGUGUCUGUGGUGUCUGCUCUGCAGAGUGCUCCCAUCUUCAGACUCAGCAAAACCUGGGCGUUGAUCAGUCGGAAAGACAAGGCCACAUUUGAGAAGUUAAACUAUCUGACAUCCAAGGAAGAGAACUACACUCGCAUGAGAGAGUACAUCCGCUCCCUGAAGAUGGUGCCCUGCAUUCCUUACCUUGGGAUCUACCUGCUGGACAUGAUCUACAUCGACUCAGCCUAUCCUGCAUCAGAUAGCAUCAUAGAGACAGAGCAGAGGACCAAUCAGAUGAACAACCUUCUGAGGGUCAUCUCCGACCUGCAGAUGUCAUGUAACUAUGAUUAUCUUGUGACCCUCCCACAUGUGCAGAAGUAUCUGCUGUCAGUUCGCUACAUAGAAGAACUCCAGAAGUUCGUAGAGGACGACAACUUCAAGCUGUCUCUGAAGAUUGAGCCUGGCAACAGUUCCCCUCGCAUUGCUUCUUCUAAAGAAGACCUGGCAGGUCUGUCUGAGGUAUCUGCAUCUCUGAGGUAUAAUCGACGGCCUACCUGCCCUGACGCCUCUGUGGGGGUUCAUAUCCCCACCCCCCCUCCCUCCCACCACAGGAAGAGCCAUAGUCUGGGAAACAAAAUUUCUAAAUUGGAUGUAUACACGCCUUCACAACCAAGAGCACACAUACACGGGCAGUGGUGUACGAGUAUGAUGUGUCAGUAUGGUAUGUCAGAGAGCAGGAGUGCCACCUUCCCCAUAGAGAAAGCACGACAUCUGCUGGAUGACAGCUUCUUAGAGUCACAGAGUCCAGUCAGAAAUGAUCCACACAGUACGUCAGUGUCCAAUGGCCUGUCAUUAGGCAGCAGUGAAAGCUCGUUUGGGGAGGAGCUGUCACCUGUAAUGGAGAGGGGCCGCAUGUACGCAACACUGGGCCCCAACUGGAGGGUCCCACUUCGCAACUCCCCCCGGAGCCGCAGCUAUGUUUACAGCUCCUCUGCUGCCAAUUCCUGCUAUGGAUGCAGUGAGACCAGCAGUGUGACCAUUGAGGGACCCCUCCGUAGGAAAACACAGAUGAAGGAGGGACGGAAGCCCAAGCUGUCAUCAUGGACCAGAUUUUGGAUCACUCUGUCUGGAUCAACGCUGACAUUCUAUGGAGCAAAAGCACUGAGGGCCUCUGAGAGGAAACAUUAUAAGUCCAGCCCCUGCAAGAAGGUGUGUGUGACUGGAUGGAUGGUGGUACUGCCAGACGACCCUGCCAGACCUAACAUCUUCCAACUCAAUGACCCAGACAAAGGUAAUGUUUACAAGUUCCAGACAGGAUCCAGGUUUUCGGCGAUCAUCUGGCACAAAAACCUGGAAGAGGCUUGUAGGAGCAGUAGACCUCAGAUACCAGCAAACCUCAUGUCAUUUGAAUGAGAGCAGACCUUACCCAGCAGGACAUUACUGUGCCAAACCCAUUAAUGUGGGAAGUAUAGACUUAUAUGAUGGAACACGUUGGAAUUUGAUGGUAUCUAUCGAGAUGGCAGAGUGAC